UCGCCGAGGCGAGAGAGAGAAGCGAUACCGUAGAGUCCUUUCGGCCAUCACCGACAAGUAGUCGAAGGUUAGCUAGGUAGUCCCCAGAACGUGAGUUCGUGACGCUCGACUCAUUUCAUUCAUACGGGUGACACUAUGGUGAACAGCUUAGUGCCAACUUUAUUACUACUUCUGGCAUAUUCAGGAACGCAAGCUGCCUGGAGUGGCCAGUCUGAGGCAAAUUACUUCCUGGACGACAUGCUGACCUAUCCAGAGGACAAUUAUACACUGCCAGACUUUGGUCUCGAUGUAGAUAUCCUGGAUGACGACGGCUUCCUGGACUACGCUCAGUACGCGUUUUCCAACGGGAGCGCCAGCCGCUUCCAGAGGCGGGUUCAACGCCAGGGAAGCUGUCGCAACCCGUUCGGACGGUCGUUCGUCUGCGACGUCAACCUGGCUGGUCUCUACGUCCGCUACAGCGUCGUCAGGCUCGUUAAGCCUAGCAGCGACAAAUUCAUUACCGCCGAACUUUUCGUCAACAACGGCUCGGCCGUAGUCAGGAUGAGCUUCCUGCAAGGUGAGAAGAGCAAGUUGGAAUCGUUCCGGGUUGAUGAUCUCAAGAUGACCAUGCGCAGGCUUCCAGAAGUACUCGUCAGCGCCGACGUGGACAAGGUUUUCGCGGAAAAGACGACCUCGAAGUGCGAGCAGAUACUGCGGCGACUCUUAGAGGGCGAUUACGCAAGCCUUCUAGGAACUAUAAUUGGGAACAAGACCUCCAUUUCCAUAUAAGGGCGUAAUCAGUGUCCCAACCCUCCGAGCGUUUCAUCGGGCUGUACAAAAUAAGAAAAAAAAGCCCGCAGGGUCUCUUAUGCAUUCGCCUAAGACAACACGAAGGCGAAAGCCAUCUUUUUUUUUUUUUCUUCUCAGUCGACGUAUUGAUCCUGCCCCGCCACCCUCCGAAAGCUGUCUGCACGUAGCGUGGUUUUGCACUGCAUCCAUGGUCGUCGCACCUUUGACCAAGCGACGAUAUAACGUGAUAAUGUGAUCC